GUUUUCAAUUUUACGAUCUUGUACUUAGAGCUUAUUAUAAAGUUAAACUGAUAAACAUAAUUUGUAAAACUAAGAACGAUAGUGUGAUUGUUAUGCUUUUCGAAUUAUUUAUAUGAUAUUUUAUUUAGUCUUACUUACUUUUACUAGAAAAGCAAUCUGGCAAUGUCACAUAUUAAUGACUUGAUGGGUGUAGUCAGAGGUAUUCGCCAUGUAAUAGAUGCGGGAUUAAAGUUACAACAGGAAAGUGCUAGACUAAUCUGGAAUAACUCUAGCCUAAAACAACCUCUCCAGAAUUGCUCACUUAACCCACUCAUAAAUUACAAACCUAACCCAGACUUACUCAAUGAUGCUUUUGGAAGAGCUGAGGUGGUUGUGCAGGGUAUUAAACAAUACAUCACUAUGAAUAAUUUAAAUUCAAAUGGUAAUGUAGCAGAUGCAUCAAUGGCCAUGGAUCCAAAAUUGCAAGAAGACAUUGAUAUGCUAAACAAACAGUUCAAUGAAACAUUUGAGAGCUUAAAGCAAGCACAAAAGAAAAUUGUCUCCACUGUUAAUGUGCCUCCGGUUGAAGAACUUGCUAAACCAUUAGAUCAGAUACAAACUGACAAUGUUUUGGAUAAAAUACCAGCUAAUGAUAAUGCAGUUACAAAGCAAUUCUAUGUACCCACACCGCAGACGUUAAAAGCUUCUACCAGUUCUGCUCCUAAACCGGUUGCAAGAAAGAAAAUAAAGGUUUCACUAAGUGAGAAUUCAAAGGAACGUGUGGUGCCAUCUUCUCGUAUUGGUAGAAUGAUAUCCUUUGGCUCCCUGGCUGCGGGUCUCGGUGUAGGCACAGUGGCACAGUAUGCUCGGAACACUUUACAGUCUGUAACUGGAAAACCUGAUGAAACUUCGAAUAUAUUCUUGUCACCUGCCAAUGCAGAAAGAAUUGUAGACACAUUGUGUAAAGUCAGAGGUGCUGCUCUUAAACUGGGUCAGCUACUAAGUAUCCAAGAUGAAUCAGUCAUCCCUUCAGAUCUCCAGAAAAUAUUUGACCGUGUCCGUCAAUCAGCAGAUUUCAUGCCUAAAUGGCAAGUGGACAGAGUUAUGAGCUCUCAGCUGGGGGAGAACUGGCGCAAUUUAAUUCAGCACUUUGAAGAGCAACCUUUUGCUGCUGCCUCAAUAGGUCAAGUGCACUUAGCAGUUCUUCACAGUGGUCAAGAGGUGGCUGUUAAAGUGCAGUAUCCCGGCGUCGCGAAAGGCAUUAACAGCGAUAUAGACAACCUUGUUGGCGUUCUUAAAGUAUGGAACGUGUUUCCUAAAGGUCUGUUCAUCGACAAUAUAGUCGAGGUCGCUAAGAAGGAGUUGUCUUGGGAGGUGGACUACGUACGUGAAGCAAAAUGUACGAAGAAGUUCAAGCAGCUUCUAGCACCCUAUCCUGAGUACUACAUACCGUCGGUUAUAGAUGAACUCUGCGCUCAAGAAGUGAUAACGACCGAACUGAUCGACGGGACGCCGCUCGACAAGUUGUUCGAUGCGGAUUACGAGGUGCGAUACGACAUCGCUUACAAAAUAAUGCAGCUUUGCUUGAGAGAAAUGUUCAUACUGCGCUGCAUGCAGACAGAUCCGAACUGGGCGAACUUUUUCUAUAACACGAAUACAAAACAAGUGAUUUUGUUGGACUUCGGCGCAACUCGUGAAUAUUCCAAAGAGUUCAUGGACCAGUACAUUGAAAUAAUUAAAGCGGCUUCAGAGAAAGACCGAGAAGCGAUCUUGCACAAGUCUCGUGAAAUGAAGUUCCUCACCGGAUAUGAGUCGAAGGUAAUGGAAGAGUCGCACGUCGACACAGUCUUGAUAAUGGGGGAAAUUUUUACGAGCAAGGGAUCUGGUGAAUUCGACUUCGGCGCUCAGAAGACAACGAGACGCAUCCAGGCCAUAGCACCAACAAUCCUAACCCACAGGCUGUGUCCACCGCCAGAGGAAAUAUAUUCAUUGCACAGAAAACUCUCUGGCGUCUUCCUACUCUGUUCGAAGCUGAAAGUGAAAAUGAACUGCCGCGACAUGUUCCAGGACAUAUAUCGUCAGUAUAAAGCGAACGCAACUAACUAAUCCUUAUUUACGUCAUUAGUUCGCAUAUUAUAUGAUAAUUUAACAAUGCAUAGUACAUGUUCAUAUUAAGGCGAGGAUGUACGUGAAAUGGCUUCGUUUGAGAUUUUUAAUAUUUUUAACGAUUUUUAUACGUAAUCGAUGUAGCCCUUCCCCUCCCUGUAUCUUUAUGAAUCAGUGCGGGAAGUUACGUUGUGAUGAACGGACUUGUGACCAUUUUCUCCAAAGGCCACAGGGGGUGUGAUGUAACUUCUCGUAAACAUGUAACUAACACAAGUAUACAAUAACUUCUUAUAAAAAUUAUUAAAUUAAAUAUUCUUGUGAAAACUUUGUCCUCAAAGUUUAUAAAUUAUUAAUGUUUAUAUUUCUAGCUACCCGAAUAGC